GCAUGACAUUGCUGGACUUUCCUGAACCAAAGCACCUCACAGUUGCCGGGGGGUGGAAGCAACGAGAAACAGAGGUAUUCGCCUACGAUGCCCGCGAUGCUGAAGAAAGUACCCCGCACCGCUACUCUGGCGCCAGCAAUGACCUCUCAGCAGGUAGCGUGAUACCCCGCCCGGCCCGCUGGACCUAAAAAUUGGUUUGCUGAGGUAUUCCUCGGAGGAGAGAGGGGCAAGCGUCAGGCAGGAAAGAGGAACAAGAAACAUCAACAGUCACAAACCGAAAUUCCUCCCCUCCAUAUCCCACACCGCGUCAAAGCUUGAGCUUUUUGCACACCCCCUUUCGACACAGAGAAGCUUCUUGUCUCUUUUUUUGUUAAUUUGCACCAGCGAGCACUAGUCUCUUAUUUCUUCCCGUCGUCCUUCCUUCAUCAUGUCGUGGCAAGCUUACGUUGACACCAGCUUGGUCGGCACCGGCCACAUUGACAAGGCCGCCAUCAUCAGCAUCGCCGGUGACAGCACGUGGGCGUCGAGCGCCGGUUUCACCCUCUCCGCCACGGAGAUGAAGGUCGUUGCCGACAUCGUUACCGGAAAGUCGGACGUCAAGGACAAGGCCUUUGCCGAUGGUCUGUUCAUCGGCGGCGAGAGAUACGUCAUGGCCCGUGCCGAGGAGGGUGCCAUUUACGCACGAAAGGGCAAGGAGGGUAUCGCCGUCGCCAAGUCGACCCAGGCCAUCCUUCUCGGCCACCACGGCGAGAACGCGCAAGCCGGCAGCGCUACUCUGGCGGUGGAGAAGCUGGCUGACUACCUCGUCAGUGUGAGCUACUAAGAAUACCAGCCCGGAUGGAGGAGAUGACGGCGUAGAGGAGGGGUCACGCGGGGGGAUUUUUGCAACUCUAGGAGAUAAACCCCUGGAGUUUACUGUGUGCGAGGCAGGCUGGGCAUCUCGCUCCCGCGUACACACGAGGAUGUUGACAAUACGAAUCGACGAACACUAGAUUAGCAAGAGUUUACCAAUGGCGGAAUCUUUGCUUAGCCGCGGCUACGUUCGAGUCCGAAAUGCGCCAACCAUGUAUGUCAAUGACAUGUCUUUCCGUCCCA